AAAAGUUAUAACGAAGAAUUUUCGCAACAAAACCUCCAACGCGGCCCAAGAACACGGUCCGCUCCCUCCCCACGCUUCUUCUUCUCCCUUCCGCGCCCUUUGUUAUCUCUUAGAUUCUCAUAAGCAAAGAUCAAUUCAUUUGCAUCAUCGCGAGCGAUCGGACCUAUAAAGAAGAAAUAUGGGACUUGCCGCUAGAAGAUCUUAUUGGAUUAGGAAGAGUGUAGGAUGUGCAUGAGAUCAAAAGGAAAUCCUUGAGAAAGGAGCAGAUGAAAAUGGAUAUGACAAUGAACUAAAAGGAAAUGCAUCUUUAAUUGCAUGUUCUAGUAGCUGAUAUGAUGAACUGGAGAAUUCCAAUCUUUGGGGGUGCCCAGCAACAACAGUCUCCGUCAAAUUUCCCGGAUAUUCCUACACAAUCGUGGUACCCUCCAUCAGUGGUUAAUUCACCUUCGCGCCCUGCCACACCAACCAGUACAUCUGGUGUCAGUACACAUCAGAGAGCUUCAGAGCGGCCUCAGUCACCAUCGCAAGGGCAGCCUUCACCUUCUGAGGCAGCAGGAAUAAUCACUUGUUUGAAGGAUAAAAGCAUCAAUGAGUUGAGAAAACUUUUAACUGACAAGGAGGCAUACAAUGCCUUUUUCAAUUCGCUUGACCAAGUAAAAAUUCAGAACAAUCUCCAUGAUGAACUUCGCAAGGAGACCUUGCAACUUACCAGUGAGUUGCUUUAUCUGCCCUUUAUGCUUAAUAUUUGCUUAAGUUGUUUCAUCAUAAAUAUUAACUGUAGACAUUUUUUUCUCUUAUUUACAGGGAAGAACCUAGAGCAGGAACCUCGAAUUCAGGAGCUUAAGAACCAAAGCACUAUCAUUCGGACAACUGAGUUGGCUGCUGCCCAUGAGAAGUUAUUGGAGUUGGAGAGGGAGAAGGAAGAAACUCUAAAGUUGUAUUCUCCGGCUUCACUUCUUCAAAAGUUGCAUGGAGCAAUGAAUAUAGUGGAAGAGGAAUCUGAAAUGCUGCACAGGCAGCUCCUUGACAAGGAGAUUGACCUUCAAACAUUUAUACGGAAGUAUAAGAAGCUUCGCACCAUUUACCAUAAACGGGCGCUUCUCCAUCUUGCUGCCAAGACUUCGGUGUGCUAAAUAUUAGAUUGUGUGCAGUGUCCUUUUGUAUCAUGAGCUUAUGGUAAACUAUUUCUUUUUACUUGCAUAAUACAGUUACUGCUACUUUUGUUCAGAGCCCCUGUUUUGUUUAUCCUGCAAUGGAGAAAAUGACCAACUUGCUU